AUGAGCAUCGAGGCCGCAGUUCAGGAUCAAGGGCUCGUCAUCCCACUCAUUGACUUUUCCAAAUUCCUCCACGGCACCGCCGCCGAGCGCGCUGCCACCGCCGCUGCUAUCCUCGGCGGCUUCCAGACCGCCGGCUUCAUCUACCUGCGCAACCACGCGAUCCCGGCAUCCACCGUCCGCGCCGUGUUUGCGCGCUCCGCCGACUUCUUCGCACAGCCGCUCGACGCCAAGACGCCGCUGAGCCUGACCGAUCCCGCCGCCAACCGCGGCUACCUGCGCCAGGGCCGCGAGAAGCUCGUCCCGCCGGACGACGGGCGCGCGAGCGCCGACAGCACCGUCCGCAAGGAGAUUGUCGAGCUCAAGGAGAGCUUUGAGAUUGGCCGCGAGCCGGACGACACCUACGAGAACCACUGGCCAGAGGACGGCGCGGUGGAUGGGUUUCGGGAGGAAAUGAUGGGCUUCUUUGCGACAUGCAAGGACCUGCACGUGCAGGUCAUGCGCGCCAUCGCCAUUGGCCUGGGGCUGGAGGAGAAGCACUUUGACGGGUUUGUGGACGGAGGGGACAAUACGCUCCGGCUGCUGCACUACCCGCAGGUCAGGGCCGACGUGUUCAAGACCAACGUCGGCCAAGUCCGCGCCGGCGAACACUGCGACUAUGGCUCCAUCACGCUGCUGUUCCAGGACAGCCGCGGCGGCCUCCAGGUAAAGGCCCCCUCCGGCGCGUUUGUCGACGCCACACCCAUCCCCGACACCAUCGUCGUCAACGCCGGCGACCUGCUCGCGCGCUGGAGCAACAACACCAUCAAGAGCACCAUCCACCGCGUCGUCGAGCCCCCGCACGGUGCGGACGUCGAGGUCUUUCCCCCGCGGUACAGUAUCGCGUACUUUUGCAACCCCAACUUUGACCGGCUGAUCGAGGCCAUGCCGGGGACGUAUGCCGACGAGACGGACAAGAAGUACGAGGGCAUCACGAGCGGCGAGUACCUCUUUCAGCGACUGGCAGCCACGUACUAG